AUGUACAGAUUCUCCGAGAGGCCAUCCAAAGGAGGCCCAGAAGAUCUGGCUGUUAGUCUCGACGGCUACUAUGUUUCCACAGCUCAUGAUGUUGCAUUUCCACAGGACUUGAAAACCCGUCUCGGUGCCUCUGCCCCUCAAGCUGAAGAUCCGUCAUUCGACUUGGAAGCCGGUACCGACGGCCAGGACGGCGACUCUGAAGCUCACGAUCGUCCGAGCUCGUGGAGGUGUACGUGGAUGUUGAGGAGGAGCAAAGCAAAUGAUCAAGCAUCUGUACAUGAUCACCCAGAAUCAGAAGCAGCAAACGCAACCUUAACUCCUGGAGGGUUUGGGAUUACUUUCGAAGAAGUGGUCAAAGUUCGUAGCCUUGAAGCUUUAAUUCGAUAUCAUGGGGUUGAAGGAUUAUCAACUCGGCUGGGGACUGACCUCGAAAGGGGCAUAGAUCGGCGCGACGAUGAGAUACUGCAGCGCACGGAGGCCUUUGGGUCAAACGCAUGCCCUUUCAAAAAGGACAAGCGUUUCUGGAGCUUUAUCUGGAAAGCUAGCAAGUUUCCUCCUUCCCUGGUUAUGAUCGUUGCUGCUGUAAUUAAUUUUCUGCUGCGAAUCAAAAGAAAGGCUGUCCACGAUGGAUCGUAUGUUGGAGCUUGCGCCAUUUUGGCCACUUUCCUUGACAUCAUUGUGAGAGCUAUCACCGACUACAAGCAGUCUCGCCAGUUUCAAAAGCUUAGUGAGGAGAAGAGAAACGUAACCCUAGAGGUCAUUCGAGGUGGUGAAACAGUCUCAGUUUCUACUUAUGAUGUCGUUGUGGGGGAUAUUGUACCUCUCAAGAAUGGUGAUCAGGUGCCUGCAGAUGGUGUCCUGUUUGUUGCAAACUCAUUGAAGAUCGACGAGCAAGAAAUAACUGGCUCGCACGUAAUUGUUGAAAAAGAUCUUCCAAAGGAUCCAUUCCUAUUAUCUCGUUCAAAAGUGAUAGAGGGCACAGGUACAAUGCUGGUUACAAGUGUUGGCGUGAACACUCAAUGGGGGUUGAAGAUAGAGAUUCCACAUGAGUCUGAUGAAGAAAAGCCCUUUCAGGCAUACUUGAAUUGGCUUGCAACUAUUACCAGCUGGGUAGUCGUUUGGUUCGCUUCAGUUGCCUGUAUUGUUCAAUUAUGCCGGUACUUUAGUGGUUGGACUAAAAAACCAGAUGGAACUCCAAUGUUUAUCCUCGGGAGUACCUCUGCCGAUGAAGUAGCAGACUUUGUGAUAAAAUCAUUGGAGUUCGGGAUCGCGACAAUACUUGUGACAGUUCCUGUUGGACUUUCUAUGUCUGUUCUCUUGAACAUUGCAAGUACCACAAUUAAGAUGAUGUCAGACAAUGCUUGGGAGCCACGGCCAAGCACUCAGAGUGCGAUCAAAAUGUGCGAAUCCGGAGGUGUUAAGGUUUGCAUAAUGACGAAUGAUGACGUUCGUACCGCAGAAGCCAUAGCAAAGGAUUGUGGGAUAACGGUUGGUUUAUCUGGCCAUAAUACAAUGACAGGAGCUCAAUUUCGUGAGCUUUCCGAUCUAUACAGAGAGCAGAUCGCCGGAAACAUCCGAGUCUACGCUCAAUCUUCGCCCAGCGACCGCCUUCUGCUAGUCGAGGCACUGAAGAAAGGAGGGCAUGUAUUUGCAGCCAUUGGGAUGGGAAUAGAUGAUCCAACGACACUACUCGCGGCGGAUGUUAGCAUUGCAAUGGGAAUUGGUGGAACCGCAGCAGCAAAAAAGAAUUCCAAUAUCAUUAUAUUGGAUGACAAAUUUGCUACGGUUGUCAAGGUUAUCCAAUGGUGUCGAUCUCUGUACACUAACAUCCAGAGAUAUGUCCUAUUCCGGCUCACUGUCAGUGUAUCAACCUUGGCUAUAUGUGUGGUUGAGGUUGUAAUUUAUAAUGAGUUUCCUUUUAUCGCCGUGCAGCUUCUGUUGCUUAACCUCAUUGUUGACAUCUUUGGAGCAUUAGCGUUGGCAUACAAACCAACGGAUCAAUACCACCUAAUGGGAAAGCCACCACUUGGUAUAAGAGACCCUCUCGUAAACAAAAUGAUGUGGAUCAGGUUGAUUAUGCAGGUGAUUUACCUAGUGCUAUUUCCGAUGCUUCUGAAUUCUGGCAAUAUACUGAAGCUGGAGCUUGGUUAUACCGGUAAUGGCGAAAAAGCGAGGAAUACAUUUAUAUUCAGUUCCUCUGUUUUCUACCUGAUAAUCGUUUUUGAGUUCAUGGGCAUUUUCGUCUCUGCCAUUAAGCUUGACUUAAAAGCGUGGAUGUUGUUCAUUUUUGUGGAAUUGCUGAGGUCAGCUAUUGACGCGUCGUGAGAAAUAUACAGUCAAAUGUGUGCGUGCGAGUAGUGUCUAUAACCCAAGAUACAGUUAAUCCAUUUGAUCCAUCUGAUCGUCUCUAUCUAUAUUUUUUCAAGAUACAAUUAAUCCAUUUGAUCCAUUUGAUCGUCUCUAUCUAUAUAUUUUUUUGUUAAUGUGUAUAUAAACAUCUCUCUCUCUCUCUCUCUAAAAGCUUCAGUUUUCGCUUCUUUCUCCAGUUUAACCUUUUGGUUAAAUACUUGAGCGUUUACAAAAAAAAUGUGGC